AUGGGUGGAUGGAUUGAUGGGAGUUGGACUUGGGGAAAUUUUGGGAUUCCUGCAGCUUCUCUUCUUCAUUCGGUUGUUGAUUUUUCUAGUCUUUCUCAGCUGCUGGCAGCAACUGCUUCUUUUUCCCCCAAUCUGUCUGAUACCGCCUGUUGGCAUCAAGGGGUUGAAGGAGUUUUUUCUGUUUCUUCAUGCUAUAAAUCUUUGAAUAGGCAGCAUAUCCCUCUUGGCCCGGAUAAUCGCUUUGAUUUGGCUUUUAUUGCUUUAUGGAAGGUGGAAGCUCCAUUAAAAGUGAAGGCGUUUGGUUGGAGAUGUUUCCUCAAUAAAGUUCCGAUGAAGGACUCGCUUUUGAGUAAAGGUAUUCUUAAUUCUACCGCGAAUUUAGAAUGUACUUUUUGUGAUGAAUUUCAUGAGUCAUUAUACCAUUCUUUCUUAUCUUGUCGGAAUGCCGGUAUUGUUUGGAGGGAGAUGUCCGAUUGGAUAGGAAUGACUUUUAAAAGCAUUUUAGAUUUUAAGGAGGACUUUUGGUAUUUGAGCUCUUAUUGCCGAGCAAAGAAAGUCAAAAGAGGAAAGGAGAGAAUCGUUUGGUUAGCUAUCAUUUGGAGUCUUUGGCUUCGUAGGAAUGAUAUAGUCUUUAACAAUGCUACUUGGAAUUCGAGGGACGUGGUUUGA